AUGCUUGGACGGCCACCUUUCCAAGCCAGUGAUCCUAUGAAGACUUACACUCUCAUCCUGAAAGGAGUGGACGCCCUUGAAAUUCCGAAUCGCCGAAUUGGAAAGACUGCAACUGCACUGGUGAAGAAGCUGUGCCGUGACAAUCCUGGAGAACGCCUUGGAUCUGGAUCAGGUGGCGUGAAUGAUAUCCGCAAACAUCGGUGGUUCAUGGGCUUCGACUGGGAGGGUCUGCGAUCCCGUGUUCUGAAGGCGCCUAUUCUUCCAAAGGUGUCAAAUCCAGCUGACGUCACUAACUUUGACAAUUAUCCCCCUGAUCAGGACGUACCACCGGACGAGUUUUCCGGUUGGGACGAAGGUUUCUGA